GAGCAUAUAAAGAAGCAUUGCAAAUUACAAUGCUUCAUUUCUUAACGUUCGCCACAAUCAUGGAGUUCGUUACUUCGCUGUGCCUUCUAGUAUCUGCGGCUCAUCUUUCAGUGGCCUAUGACCCUAAUCAGAAACCUAUAUUGAGACAGAUUCACAAUAAAAUUACUGCAGAUGGCCUUUACUUACCGAGCAAUAGCUGGUGGCAGAGUAAGAGAAGCAGUAUUCGGUGGAGUGAUUCUUACACUUGGUAUGACUGGGUGAAAUAUUCGAAAGACAUACCAGAAGAUAGUACAAUAAGACUCGAUUAUACAGUCCAAUGGUUCGAUGACGGUAUUAUAUGGGACGACUGGGUGACCAUGUUUCAUGAUUCAGUGUUCCUUUGUGAUACGAGUGAAGAUACCCAAGAUGCCAGCAUCAUAGCUAUAGUACGAGAGCUUCUUGGUAUUCCUGAAGGCUGUCCAGUAUCAAAGGGGACCACGAAAGAUACCAGCGGUAUCCAUUUCCCUUUGCAAGAUGAGGAAUUACUUUGGAACGUUAAUGUCAAAGGAAAGACUAUAAGGAUAUUGACCAAUAUGUGGUCAAGUGAUCAGAAAGGUGCAGAAAAGCUGUUCACGGGAGACUUUUACGUUGAGGGAGAUAGCUACCUACCUUUUGAGGAAGAUAGUGACGAUGAUUAGAUCCUUAGACGGAUACGUAUGCAUCGAUAAAAUAUUCGAUUGAUUGAUAUCAAUAAAUUGAUAAUCAUUGGAAUAAUGUAUUGAAAAACAAAUAAUAAAUCAUAAAGUAAAGAUA